AUUACCAUGACAUAGUUACCUACAUUUUAUUAAUUAUAUCAUCCAAUCUGCAAAUUCGAGUGAUACUCAUGGAUUAUAUAUGGUAAAAUAACUUCGAUUUACAUAUGCAAUUAUUUAAUAUUAUGAAGAAAUUUUAAACGUGGAAAAUGGAAGAUGACAUUAAUAAUUUGUUAGAUCAACUUCGGCUGAAACAUGAGAAUCACACGAAUACGUUGAAUAUAGUAAAUAAUGAGCCCCCGGAUGGUGUACGCAUGAAACUCCGUGCACUUCUGGUGGCACUUCUCGGCGUGUCCAUGUCAGCCUGUGCGUUUACUUCACACCCUGUCGAAUUAGAAUUGGAAGACGACGAUGUGGCACAGAAGCUCAGCAAUGUUAGCUUUGCGCGGAGAAUUACGAAACCCACUAUUCGCCUUGUUAUGGGUUACGGCAAACUUAGUGCGUUUGUGACAGCAAUAUCUUCGUUAUUACUCCUUAUCGCCGUUAUGUCUAAGCAAUCGUGGUGGAGGCGCGGGGCCCGUUGGUUGGCAGCACCGGCACUAUUAGUGGCAGCAUUGGAAGCGGCUUCCGAUGCGGGCGAUGCUAUGCUAGCUGCCGCUCUUCGCAGCUCUACAGAACCUGUUAUAGUUGCUGCACAAACCAUUGCUGCAGCCAUUCUUGUAACUGUAGAGAUACUUGUCUGGUAUUUCAUAGCAAAAUUUUUCGAAUCAAAUCCAGCGCCGUCGUCGGAUGAAUGUGAAAAAGAAAAUUUAAUGAAAACUUUAUCGCAAUAGUAAUCAAU